AUAUGGUGAGGUUUUGAGGGAGGUACGCAAGGUUUCUUUUCUUAACUUUUUCAGCCCGAAAAAAGUUCCAUGUUUUAGCGUUUCGACGCGAGCAAUCAUGUAGAUGCGGAAAAGAUCAAAGACCUCAUGGUUGAGGUCCAGAAACUUGGGUCACUAAGUAAUUCUGAUCUUUUCCCUGGUGGUUUGGGAUGGUGUGUGGACUUUGUAUCAAGACGAAAUAAGCAACUUGACAAAGCCUUCGUGGAGGUUGAUACUAUGCUGAAUCAUAUUGUUGAUGAUCACUUGAAAAACCCUAUAGAAGAAACAACUCAUGAUCGUCCUGAUAUCAUCGACUCGCUCUUAGAUAUGAUACAUAAACAAGAACAAGGGGCAUCUUUCAAACUCACCAUUGAUCAUCUCAAAGGAAUUCUCCAACGGUUAGACGAGAACAAGCUUGUCAAUAAAGAAAAGAUUGAAGAACUCAUGUUUGAGUUCCAGAAAGUUGGAUCUCUAAGCAGCUCUGAUCUUUUCCCUGCUGGUGUGGGAUGGUUUAUGGACUUUGUGUCAGGACGACAUAAGACACUUCACAAAGUUUUCGUCGAGGUUGAUACUUUGCUAAAUCAUGUAAUUGAUGGUCACUUGAAGAAUCCUGAAGAAAAAACAAAUCAAGAUCGCCCCGAUAUCAUCGACUCGAUCUUAGAUACUAUGUAUAAACAAGAACAAGAUGGAUCUUUCAAACUCACCAUUGAUCAUCUCAAAGGAAUUAUCCAACGGUUAGACGAGAACAAGCAUGUCAAUAAAGAAAAGAUUGAAGAACUCAUGUUUGAGGUCCAGAAAGUUGGGUCUCUAAGCAGCUCUGAUCUUUUCCCUGCUGGUGUGGGAUGGUUUAUGGACUUUGUGUCAGGACGACAUAAGACACUUCACAAAGUUUUCGUCGAGGUUGAUACUUUGCUAAAUCAUGUAAUUGAUGGUCACUUGAAGAAUCCUGAAGAAAAAACAAAUCAAGAUCGCCCCGAUAUCAUCGACUCGAUCUUAGAUACUAUGUAUAAACAAGAACAAGAUGGAUCUUUCAAACUCACCAUUGAUCAUCUCAAAGGAAUUAUCCAAGUAAGCAUAAAAUCUAGGUCACAAUUUUGUCAAAACUCAUGGGCUUCUAUCUCAAAAGUAUCUUAUCUUUUGUAGUAGGAAUCAUCUCUGAUAUAUUUCUUGCCGGAGUAAACACAAGUGCAACGA